UGUCGUGCUAGGUUUGCUAGGCUUGCUCCCUCCAAGCCUGACGUGGACAGUGGGAAGACUGGGGGUGCACAGGCGUGUGCUGGACAGAUUUGCAGCUGGGGCAUCCAUACUCCUCCCAAGGCCUCGGACAGCCUGCUGGGAAGUGCAGGAACCCGCUCCAGUGCGAGUGAGGAGCAGCUGCCUUCCCUGCGUGCUCUCCAGGAGAGGCGGCUGCUCCUUCCCACGACACGGCAAGCGGUGGAGCUGCAAGUGGCUGUGGCUGAGCGGCUGGGCCCCCCGGCCCAUGCCAGCCAGCCCAAGAAAGCUGGAUGUUGACCCUGGAGAUCUCGCCUCAGCGACGCGGCUGUCAGGACACAGCUUCCUCCUCCAUCUGCUGUAAUAGCGAUGCUAGUGUGCCUGUGCGGCUGCAGUGAGGAGCUCUUGGCCCGGGCAGAAGUGACCACCAAGCCCCCCGGCUCAGCAUAGCAGCGCCAGCGGCUAUGGAGUGACCCCGGGCGGGCGGUGCUCGGGCGUGUGGGCACAGCGGGAGGCCGAAUGGUCCCGUGAGCGCCUCGAGCCCUGCCCGCACGCGCCGCGCUGCCGGCGUGCCUCGCCUCUGCCAUGAAUGAUGCGUCGACCAUGGAUUAUGAACUGCUGUCCCCGUCCUUGGUCGAGCACCCGGCCAGCGCCGCGGGCAUGGAUGCCGAGCAGAAAACCGUCUUCGCCUUCGUCAUCUUCCUGCUGGUCUUCCUGGUGAUGCUGAUGGUGCGCUGCUUCCGCAUCCUGCUGGACCCCUACAGCCGCAUGCCCGCCUCCUCCUGGACCGACCACAAGGAGGGGCUGGAGAGGGGCCAGUUCGACUACGCCUUGGUGUAGGCGGCAGGGAUGGGGCGAGCCUGGCUGCUCCGCGUGCCUCCCCCCGCCGCUGGCCCCGGCCCCGGCCCCCCCUUCCUCUGUGGUGUUGCCCCGGGCCAGCGGGGAGGCUCCGGGCAGGGAGGCAAGGUGGGGCUCUUGCCUGGGGCGGGUUUUCUAGGGGUUUCUGUCUUUUCUAAGCACUUUUCGAUUCUCUUCCCGGUCCGCGGCGCCCUCGGGGAGACGUGUUGGAAGGACGAAAUGAGGCUGCCUGGUCCCUUCUGCCCGCUCUCCCCCCGGACAGUGCCACGUGCUGAGGUGAGGGGCAGGAGGCGAUGGGGCAGCGUAGGGCAGAACCUGCCUCCGGCCGCAGCCCGCCGGGCUCCGGGUCUGGGCGGCUCUGCCUGUUGCCAGGCCAGAGCCUCGACCCCCAUCUCCUCCUGCCCCUCAUGUUGCCCUCGUCCGUGUCCCCCGGGGAUUGCUGACUGUGGUCCCGUGUGUGUGCGUGCCCUUGUAGCUGAGCUGUGUCUGUCAGGGGGCUUAUAGGCACCAGACCCGAGUGCUGGCUUUGUUUCUCUGUGUGGCAGCCCCAGCCCCCCCCAGACGUGAGGGGGAGAUGGAGACCCCGUGCACAGCCCCUUUCUGGCACCGUGUCCCGCGGCCUGCUCUCCGCUUCACACCGUAGCGAUCUGUCCCUGCCCAACUAGCGCACAUGGUCUGAGCAAGGCGCAGUCGUGCAGCUGCCUGCAGAGGUGCCCGGGCAGCCCUGCUGCCUCCCCGGCACGGACGGUGGGUCCGCAGCCAUGCCAGCAGGCACCUAAAGCCCGGCGUGAUGUUUGAGAGAGGCCCCUCAGCUGGCCCAGGCCUGGCAGCCUCGCAGCAGGAGCCCACUCGAGCCAUGGGGUGCCCUCCCCAUGCCCAGGGGUGCUGGGAGCGGCCAGCCCUUCCCUGGCCACCCUGUGCCUGGGUGGUAGACGGGCUGCACAAGAAACUGAGGGGAAAACAAAGCUGGCUUCCCACCUCGUGCAGGAGCUGCGUCUGUCUUGCAGGGGGGUUGCAGCUUGCCACAGGGCUAGCAAGAGCCCUGGGGGUUUAUGGCCACAGGCCAGGAGGGCGGUUUGUGCUAAGGGACUGAGCUCCUAGGGGAGACCCUCCUCCCCCACCAUGGAAAUAAAGCUGCACUGUGCUAACCCCA